AUGGAUCUUUAUUUGCAUUUGCAUCAUCUCCAUUUCAUUGGUGGCCAUCUUUUCAACAUGCUCAACCCACCCCUACUACAAUUCGCUUCACCAAUUAUUCUUAUGAUCUUCAAUUUCAUUCCAUUAGCAUUGACAAUAUCCACUUCACUUACAGUCACUUCUUCUCCCCAAGUGAGCUUUCGAGUUGAUAUUGCCCGUAUUAAUUCCAGGUUAAAACUACCUGUCUUGCAAACAUCUCAAAGCACCAUCAAGCUUGAAGGGUUUAACACACAAGCCGCGAACCCUACACCAUCUCCUAGUUUCAAGUCAUUAGUUCUUCAAGCUGAUGGCGAGUUUAUUAUGAACGUGUCUCUUGGGGCUCCUCCUAGGCAGUUUCCUGCCAUCAUGGACACCGGCAGUGAUCUUGUGUGGACACAAUGCAUGCCUUGUAUGGCUUGCUACAGUCAAGCCACCCCUAUUUUUGACCCUAAUGCUUCGUCCUCUUUCUCUCCUCUCCCUUGUUCCAACCCUUUAUGUGCCUCUAAAACGAAAAAAUGCACGAAUAAUUUGUGUAGAUAUAGGACCUUAUACGGGGAUAUGUCUUUCACACAAGGGUACCUAGCAACGGAUACUUUCAUCCUAGGUGACUCGACACACAAUGUGUCUAUACCGAGCAUAGGAUUUGGCUGUGGAAUAACAAUGGAGGGUCCGGUCUAG